AAAACCAGUAAUACAAAUUCUCAGCUGACAAAGACGCCGCCACUGCUAUCCGCACUGGGAUUGACACGAGCCCAUAAAAUGCCCAAUAAGAAGGAAUCACGACGCCGUCUGCUCCGUUCACAGACACAUGCGACCAAGGACAACAACGAGCUCUUUGUCCAUCUGCCCAAGUUCACCAUGCGGCUGCGCGAGGAGAAGGGCUCAGUGGAGGCUAAAGAGCCGGACAACGUUGUCAACGAUCCCAAGCAGAUGCUAUACAAAUUUGUGAAGCAAUCGAAAUGCCAAUGCUGGAUCUGGUACGAGUUCAACGAGUCCACCAUUGACAAGGCGAUACUGGCGAGCACCUUUGACUGGAACGACUAUUUGGUCAACUAUCUACAGGAGCUGGAGACGCGUCAAAUGUCUCGUCAUUGCUGGCAGGUAAUUCGCCGCUCCUUGGGCAAAGCGCGUCGCUUCUCGCCGGCUUUCAUUGAGCUCGAGCGGAAUAUGCUGGAAGAGAAUCGUUAUAUUGUGCGCCAGCUGCAGCAGCGCCGGCUGGACGUGCUCCAGGAUAAGCAAUUGUUAUUGGAACUGUUGCCCAAGCAAAUACCAUUGCCGCUGGCCGUGGACACCAAGGUCAUCAGUCUGCUGAGUGUGCCACGCUCCAGACUCUGCAAGGGACGCAUUGUUAGCUAUGAUCCCCGACAGAGUCGCUAUCUGGUUAAGUUCAACAUCGGGAGCAAGCAUAAGCUACUCAGCAUUCCCGAUUGCCUGCUCCAUGCGCUGCAGGAAUGCAACAGUGUGCCCUCGUCGACCAUCGUCCAGGAGUUUAAGGAGAAGCAACUGCUCGCCGAAGCCGUGAGCCCCGAAGAUCAGGCCAGGGCUCAGCUAAUAACUACAGUGUUGCAGCUACAAAAGUUGAUCGAUUUAAAGCGCAAGACCGUCCAGGAUGUGACCAGCAUGAACGAGGAGUUGCUACUCGGUGGAGUGCCGCCGAUCGCUCGCCGUGAGUCCAAGCAGUCGACCAAUCGCGAGAAGCUCCAGCUGCGCCAUGCCUCCAACAUUAUGGCACUGCAUCGUGUGAACGCUGAGAUUCUAAAGCCGCUGCGCCUGGCCCAAAACUAUCUGAAUGAGUACGAGACGAGUGUGUUGCACAACAAGUGCCUGCCGCGCAACAAGCUGUACGAGAAGUGCCGCACUCUCGCCGAAAUGGACAUGAAGGCCGUUCAGAACAAGGGCCAAGUUGAAGACGGGGGCACACGCCUGCUUAUAUUGCGCCUGCAAACCCUGCUCCAUGUGUGCGGUGAACUGGGCAAUGGCAACAACAUUGAAGUCGAUGCCGUCAUGGAGGAUGUGGUCACCAACAUGCUGGUCGGUCUGCCAACGGAGCUGAGCGAGGAAUUCGACCAGGUCGUUGGUUUGCUGAAGCCGCUCAGCGAACAAAUCCGCGCCCUGACCAAAGUGAAGCCAGCCGAGGCAAUGAUUGAGGACAUUGAUGAACCCGACAUCGAAAUGGACCUGUAAACUGUCAAUCUCCUUAUCAACAUUUGUUUUGAAAAGCUUCAAGUGAAUGGCUGAGUAAAAUUGACAGAUAUUGCCAGAUCACGACCAAUAACCAAUGAAAGGCAUCUUUAUACCAUAUAAAAACAUCGUAUUUAAUCUUUUUUUUCAAUAUGUAAAAAUAUAAUUUGUCUUAUGUA